AUGUGGGCGUGCGCCUUUGACUUGCGCGAGGAUUCGGAACACAAAGGUCUACGUGAUGGUGACAAAGUUCUCUAUCACUACACAGAUGAGGCAUCCUUUUUCCCAAUCACAAGCCUCAAAGGUGCCAGGAUCUGGGCGAACCCGGAUGUAAACAACAAGGAUAGUUUCUUCGGUUUGGGUGUCUAUGCUACUGAGAAAGCGCCUCACCAAUGGAGAUCAAAAGAUGAAGUCCGUCUCAACAAUUUCUACCCAACUCGCGAGAACUUUCUGACGUUCAGCGGCCAAGAGCUGCCGGAGGCUGAGGAUGCCGAUUUUGAAGCCCUCCUUAAAGGCACUGUUGGAAACUAUGUCAAGCAGCAUUACCCAGGCAAGACGGACUACUGCAUUCCCUUGAUCGUGGAUCAGCAGGUGUCCAAAAAUGCAAUGAAAGAAGUUACCGAUGGCCCCUUGAUGAGAAACCGUAAAAAAAGGCUCGCUGGAUACAACUCCAAAGGUGAGAAACAGCCAACUUGGCGGGAUGUUUGGGUCGUCUCAAUCUACAACCAGACUCGAGAAACUUGA